AUGAAACGACGAAGACAUGCUAUGAAGGUGUCUGUGCUGAGAUCGGUGGCCAGUUCCAACAAAGUAGCCUGGAAAGCACCGGGUACAGUGGUAAAAGUUAUAUUUAUAGUGGGCUAUGCCUUAGCAUUCAGUAUACUUCAAAAGUCCAAGCAGAUCAGAACCAAGUAUUUUUGUACCUCUUACAUCCCGACCAUCCGCAGACCCAGUUCCAUACCGACCAGUGCGUGCUCCGUGCCUUUGCUUCUAUCCUCCGAGAAUACAGUGGGCGAUCAUGAACGUAAGCCUGAAGUGGACAAGGACUCUGUCAAGUGGACUAAGUCAACGACAGAAUCUGUUCUCCAGCCGUCCUCGAGAAAGGAAAAAUCGCAUCAUCGGGUAAUCGAGUUGAACAAGGUGCGACUUUUGAAGUUGCAGCACAAGAAGCUGGAGAACUUGACGACGGAGUUCAUGCAAAAAAUCCGCACCUUGGCAUUUCAAGGGGUUCAAAGAGACUACAAGUUUGUGGCCGUGGUGGUGAACGAGAACUGCAAAUUCGUGUUUCACGCCGACGAUCUGCACCGAUUGCCCAAGAAUCUUUAAACACUUAACUAAUCUGUGAAAUAUCGUAAAUUAAGAGCAAUCUUAAUUUUUAACCAAGCCUUAUUAACAGCUCUUAAGAAUUAUUGGGUUGUUAG